CACUGACUGGCCUCUGACUUCAUCUUCAAUUCAUUAAAUCAUUCUCAGAAGCGCUGAAUCAUUCUUCAAGAGCUAAUACUUCAGCAGUAGCAACAGAGAGGUGAAUGGAAGAGAAGCAGCAGAGCGAAUGGUGUGAAAGAAGCUAGAUUGCUGAACAGUUGUGAAACACAAGAUAAAAGAAAAUGAGGCUGUGGGGGGUUGUCGGCAGCCACUGCUACCGCUUUCGCCAGCAGAAGCCUUUAAUUGCCGUUGGUGGGAGGACACUUCUAAACGGUUUAGGUCUCAAGCGUAACUUCUCAGAAAUGAUAUCUGAUGAAGAGUCAGAAAUGAAGGACUUCAAUGCUUAUUUGGAUAAUCUAAAGAACCAUGAGAAAUCUGGUGUUCCAAGAGGUGCUGGAACUGACUCCGAUGAUGGUUUUGAUCUUGGAAGGAUGAAGCGGCUAAUGCAGUCCCUUGGAAACCCUCAAGCUAAAUUUAAGGCUAUUCACAUUGCUGGGACCAAAGGAAAAGGUUCAACCGCUGCAUUUCUGUCCAAUAUUGUACGUGCUGAAGGAUAUUCGGUUGGUUGCUACACGAGUCCGCAUAUUAAGACCAUACGGGAACGCAUAACAUUAGGAAGAUUAGGUGAUCCGGUAUCGGCCAAGACGGUAAAUUCCUUGUUCCAAAGGAUAAAAGUUGUUCUUGAUCAGGCUGUGCAACUUGAAAUGGGGUGCCUUACUCAUUUUGAGGUUCUCACCGCUGUGGCGUUCAAUCUAUUUGCUGAGGAGAAUGUUGAAAUUGCAGUUAUUGAGGCUGGAUUAGGUGGUGCUCGUGAUGCGACUAAUGUGAUCUCUAGUUCAGAUCUUGCAGCUUCUGUCAUAACAACAAUUGGUGAAGAACAUUUGGCUGCACUAGGGGGCUCUCUUGAAAGUAUUGCAAUUGCAAAGUCAGGCAUAAUUAAAUAUGGCCGCCCAGUGGUUCUAGGCGGGUCGUAUCUUCCACACAUUGAGCUCAUUCUAUGCAAUAAAGCAUCCUCAAUGUGUUCUCCAGUAAUCUCUGUAUCUGAUCCUAAAAACAGAAGUAAAAUUAAGGGCAUUAGCAAUAUCUCUGGCAGGCCUUGCCAAGUCUGUGAUAUCAUACUCCAUGCUGAGAGAGACUUACCACUGUGUAUUGAGCUCUAUGAUGUAAAAUUGCGCAUGCUGGGAUGGCACCAACUUCAAAAUGCCGCAACUGGCACAUGUGCAGCACUCUGUCUUCGUGAUCAAGGAUGGAGAAUAUCAGAUGAAUCCAUUCGUACUGGUCUAGAACGUACACAACUUCUGGGAAGAAGUCAAUUUUUAACAUCUGUAGAAGCCGAGGCAUUAGGACUACCUGGUGCUACUAUACUACUCGAUGGAGCACAUACCAAGGAAUCGGCCAAGGCUUUAGCCAACAUGAUUCAGAUAACCCAUCCAGAGGCACAAUUAGUUUUUGUGGUUGCUAUGGCAAGUGACAAAGACCAUCGAGCAUUUGCAAAAGAAAUACUUGCAGUGAGGCAACCGGAUGCUGUAUUGUUGACGGAAGUUGGCAUUGCUGGAGAUCGAAAUAGGACAGCUUCUUUGUCCUUGUUAAAAGACAGUUGGAUCGAAGCUUCUAAUGAGUUGGGUGUUAUAUUUUCCGAGUUUGGGGUUAUAGAAUAUCGGGAGUCGCUAAAAGAUCGAUCGGUUAGAUCCGAUGAGCAGGAUAUGUUGGUUUUGAGUAGUAGUUCAUUGAUGGAGUCUAUGAAGGUUGGAGGUGAGAUCCUUGGAUCAAGGUGCAAGAGUGGAUCAGGGGUUUUAGUGGUUACUGGAUCACUGCAUGUUGUUUCUUCGGUUUUAUGCUCCCUCCAAAAAUAGUUUCUUGAACCUGUUUUUUUCCCGCUUUUUUCAUGUAUUAUUAAUUAUGCA